UAGCACUAUGCAGGUGACAACACAACACAAACUACACUUUAAAAAAUGUCUACCUCUAAUGGAAAUGUGUCUGUUUGUGGUUUUAUCUGCUGAGAACAAUGACAAUUGAGAGGAAGGACUGGAAUUUACUCUACUGCUCUAAACAAAUAUGGAAAGCUAAAGAGGAAACUAUACAUUUGUAGUUCCUACAGCACAGAGUUUUACACCUCAGCGGUCUCACACAGGUGGCCAGGAUGACGACCAACUACACAGACAUUAGUCCCUGUGAUCCAGAUGACAGGCUCUGUAUAACACGAGAAUAUCAGCUUGGAGUGAUUGUCGUCCCUGCGUUGUUGGUCUCGCUCACUGUGAUCACGUUAGUGAUCAUUUUUAUAUUACUGUGCUGUAAUCAGAGAGAGCGGACACGAGUCAGAACUCCUGCUCGAUACCACACUCACCAGCACACCACAAACCAGAGACACUCACAGCAAAACCACAACCACAACAACAACCGUCACCCCCAUCACAGACGUCACCUACAGGGAAUAGAUGCGCCCCCAGGGAUUGACCCUCUUGAACAUGAAGAGGUGCCAAUGAGAGUUCAAAACACACAUCACAAUGUGAAGCCACAAGAUGAAUUUCCAGAGAGGCAUGGGACUGCAGCACCACAUAGAACUAGAGACAGACAUGCAGCUGCAACAAGACAUCGCUCUCCAGAGAGACAUGCAACAAGACAUCACUCUCCAGAGAGACAUGCAACAAGACAUCACUCUCCAGAGAGACAUGCAACAAGACAUCACUCUCCAGAGAGACAUGCUGCAAGACAUCACUCUCCAGAAAGACACACUACUAGACAUCGUUCUCCAGAGAGACAUGCUACAAGACAUCACUCUCCAGAAAGACAUACGGAUGCAGAACCACAAACGUCCACAAGGAGGCCUCUUGGAAACUUUAGUCAAGUCACUCCAUUGACGCCAUCUUUCCAUAUCAAACCAGGAGACACAGUAAGCCUCUACAGAGCUCGCAUGGAAAACAAGGACGUCAUCUUGAGAGCAUUAAAAGAAAAUGCGAGUACCAGUGAGAAACAGCACUUUCUGGGGUUUGCAUCCUUCCUGGGAGGACUGGGCCCUCACCCUUUUAUUCCUGCUGUGCUGGGCGUGGUUUCUGUGCGGUCGCCUUUAGUGAUAGUGCUGGAGGAGUUGAGGCACAGAGACUUACUAGGGUUCCUGUGGAAGUGCAGAGAGGAUAAUUCAAGUCAUAAAAUGACAGAAAAAAUGAUCUUCACCAUGGCAGGACAAGUGGCCUCUGCUUUGGAUUACCUGCACAGUCAGGGAUCUAUCCAUGGGAACAUUGGCGCUCGCAGUGUUUUGGUUGGUGGGGACAUGACAGCCAAACUGUGGGGAUUGGGCUCAGCUUAUCACAGAACACAGGUCGACACUGCUGGGCUGGUGGAGGAAAUGGAGCUGAAGAAAUGGCAGGCACCUGAAGUUCUGGCCAGGAGAACGGCCAGUAACAGCAGCGAUGUAUGGUCCUUCGGUAUCCUCCUUUAUGAAAUGGUCACAUUAGGUGACCCACCUUUUGCUCACAUCAUGUCGACUGAACUUCUGCAGUAUCUCCAAAGAGGAAAAACUGUGAAACGGCCAACCAACUGCUCCAACACACUGUACUCCAUGAUGAAAUCAUGCUGCAGCUGGAGCCCCCAAGGGCGUCCCUCAGUCACCAGACUCUUUAGGAUGCUUCAUGAAGGAGAGCAAUCGGCAAAUGGGAGCACAGCUCUACGGGUGCCUGAGCCACUGAACAUGGAAAGAUACAUGAGGGAGGCGGGAUAUGGAGAGGCGUUCAACUACGCCGUGCUCUGAUUGCCUGGGACUGCUGUGACAAAGGACUGUUGGAGCCAUUAUUCGCAGCCCAAUGAAACAAAUUCCUUAAAGUCCCAAGUACUGCUACAGUACAAAAAAAGCCAGGGGAAUAAAAUAUGCCAAUUACA